AACACUGGUACGAAUGUUCAAAUGGUAUUCUGUAUACCAUUGGUGAAUGUGGAGGAGCAAUGCAAACUAGCAGCAACUAUUGGUAGAAAUAGUCAUAAUCUAACUAGUGGAAACAAACUUAAUGUCGAAUUUGACACAAUAGGUGAUAAAAAAACAGUUUUGCAAACUAUUUUCAACUCGUUUAAAAGAACUCUUAGAGAGGCUAAACUCCAAGUUAAAGCAGAAAGAAUCAAAAAAAUUGCUGGAGAACAACCCUAA